GGUUGCUAUUUUUAUUUUCACCACUAGAUGGAGACGCGUUUCCACUUUUAAAACUACUCAUUCUAUACAUCUUAUAUAUCUGAGCACUAAAUCAUGAACACACUCACAUACACACUAUAUAGCAUCACACUUUCACUUCUGUAGAAGCAGUGAAUAUCUAUAACGGCCUAUUAGCAUCAUAUCAUUAAUUAUAUAGCAAAGAAGUUCAGUUAGCUCAUAUUAAUUUGCACGUCCCUUUUUUAAGAGACUUAUCUCCACAAUUUAGGAAACAACUUCAAAUGUUUAACUGAUGAUGUUGUUUUUACACUAGUAACAGUUCAAACAAAUAUGUGAAUAGUAUGUUCAUGUAUUAGAACUGCGCUCGUGCCCAGGUGAAGGAUACAUGUGCAAACCCUUCAUCAUCUUCAUCAUCCUUCAGUCUGAAUCUCAUUAGAGUCUCACAGCCUGCAGAGCAUCACAGCAGCCGUCUGCAUCCACACAAGCCCGUCGACAUGAGAUCUCACUGCAUCUGCAUGGUGUGUUUUGUGCUGUGUGUGUUUGGAUGGCAUGAUCUGGAUAACAGUGAAUAUGACUGCUGGCCGCUGGAAAAACCAGAUGAACUCAACAUGAUCGACUGCGGAGGUCUAGAGAUGGCGUGGGUCCUGCGUCCUCCAGAGAAGGUUCUGAGUGGUGAGGAUUUCAGUGUCAUUUACUCUGUGACCGUCAGAGAUGAGUUUUACCAGUGGGCCAUCGACAAUGACAUCUUCAUUCACCGGUCCAUCACAGAUCCAGCUGAAGCCAGACGCUUCUGUGAGCAGCACGAAUGUCCCGCCGACUGGAAGGAUGCGAGCGGAGAAAACUGCUGCAUCCAUCACGCCAACAUCCACUCCUGCCCCAUGGGAUUCAUGAAACAGGCGGAGGAGAGGAUCUGUGGACCCUGGAUCCCAGACGACGGUCGGAUAUUCACUCACACCAUCUCCACUUCUGGAAAAAUUAGCCAGACCAACUGGAGCGCCAAGGUGGUGUUGUUUCACGAGGGAUUGACGUCUCUCAUCGCUCACAUCCGUGUGGGAAACAUGCAGGUCGCACUGGAGGCCAAGAGCACCGUCCUGCCCGCGAUCAGUACUGUAUCUGUGUGUGCUUUAGCAUGUGUUGAGUGUACACUACCGCUGAAAGCUUUGGGUGAUGGACGAACUGUGGCAAUCAAGAAAAUAAAAACGAAAACAUUUUCCCUCUCGAAGACGAUUCGCCAAGAAGUGAAGCAAGUCAGGGAGCUGGAUCAUCCCAACCUCUGUAAGUUCUUUGGAGGUUGUGUGGAGGUGCCCAACGUUGCCAUAAUAACAGAGUACUGCCCUAAAGGAAGCCUGAACGACGUCCUGCUGAACGACGAGAUUCCCUUGAACUGGGGCUUCAGGUUCUCCUUCGCCACAGAUAUCGCUCGUGGGAUGUUGUACCUGCAUCAGUUUAAGAUCUGCCACGGACGACUGAAAUCAGCCAACUGUGUAAUCGACGACCGCUGGGUGUGUAAGAUCGCAGAUUACUGUCUGUGGAUGUUUCGGCGUGAGGACUGUGCAGAACCUCUCACCACGUACCAGCAGAGACUGAAGGAGGUUUACACGCCGCCCGAGGCCCAGAGCGGCAGCCAGGAGCCCACGCUGGCCAGAGACGUGUUCAGCUAUUCUAUCAUCUUACUGGAGAUCGCCACCCGGAAUGAUCCAGUGCCGGCUGAGGACAGCUCUCUGGAGUGCGGCUGGUGUCCUCCGCUGCCGGAGCUGAUUUCAGGGAAAGCCGACAGCACCUGCCCCUGUCCUGCUGAAUACGCUGAGCUGAUUCGCCGAUGCCGUGCUCAUAACCCCGCCCACCGGCCCACCUUUGAGCAGAUCCGCAAGUUUGUCAACAGAAUCAACCCGCACAAAGUCAGUCCUGUAGACAUGAUGAUGGAGCUGAUGGAGAAGUACAGUAAACAUCUGGAAGUUCUGGUCGGUGAACGGACGCAAGAUCUGAUGCUGGAGAAACAGAAGACCGACAGACUGCUUUAUAGUAUGCUGCCUAAACAGGUGGCUGAUGACCUUCGACAGGGCAAACCGCUGCAAGCCCAGAGUUACGUCAGCGCCACUGUGUUCUUCAGUGAUAUCGUCGGAUUCACGCAGUUGUCCAGCACUAGCACUCCUUACCAGGUGGUUGAUUUUCUCAACAAACUCUACACCACCUUUGACGAGAUCAUCGACAACCAUGAUGUUUAUAAAGUGGAAACCAUCGGCGAUGCUUAUAUGGUUGUGUCCGGUGUACCGAGAGAGAACGGGAUUCUCCACGCCUCUGAGAUCGCCAGCAUGGCUCUGGACCUGGUGUCUGUCUGCAAGACCUUCAGAAUCCCCCACAGACCACAAACCCAGCUGCAGAUCCGGGCUGGAAUACAUUCAGGUCCAGUCGUCGCAGGAGUUGUGGGAACUAAGAUGCCGAGAUACUGUCUGUUUGGAGACACGGUGAACACGGCGUCCCGCAUGGAGUCCACCAGCGAAGCGCUGAAGACCCAGUGCAGCUCCAGCGCGUUUUACCUGCUGGAGGAGAUCGGCGGAUACGUGCUCACCUGCAGAGGAGUCUUACAGGUCAAGGGUAAAGGUGACAUGGUGACGUACUGGCUGGAAGGGAAGCGUGCUGCAGCUCCGGCUAAAGACGCGAGGAACCCCGAGACUCACACUGACGAUUACUCCAGUAUCCCAGGAGUCCUCAGCGGCUCUGACAGCGCUGACCUGCUGUGUGACCCCUGACACGCACCUGUCUGUCCGUAGAGAGUCACAGGUGUGUGUUUACCACAGUGAAGCAGCUUUAGUUUAGCUGCUGCUCGUUUAGGAUGACGUGUAACUUUAGCUGUACUUGUGUAUUUCCUCUGUGUUUGACCAGUCAGUGUUUGUAGCAUCAGAAUAACGGCAACCGAGCCAAUGAUAGUCAAUACUGAAGUACUGAUUAUAUAGAUGUAUUCAUAAAAAAACCAAACAAAUGCGUUUAAUGAUGCUGA